AUGUCACAAGCGAUAUUCAACCACUUGAAUAGUAAUCAACGGACAGCAACGAAGUAUAUAACAUUUCAAUGUACUAAUGGCCAACCUUCCCUUUCAGGAGAGCAACUUAAUAUUUAUGAUUACAAUUCUUCUGGACAACAACUCAAUGGCGAAUUGGAUUUGGGAAUUUUUCCUAAUCUCAGAAAAAUCACUUUUCCGCAAAAUGUUCGAUUUAAUAUUUUAGAAAGCAUAGAUAUUAGUAAAAAUGAAAAAUUAAGCAGGAUAGUGAUAAGUGGACAAAAUCAGAAUUUUCUUGAAAAUAAUAGCUUUAUUCUGUUGGCUAAAGAAAUACAGCUUAAUAGAAUAAUUGUAUCUUACUAUGUACUCAAGCAAAAUCCAAGUGCAUGGGAAAAAACAGAAAAUUACUUAAGAAAACAAACAAUUAUACCAUAUAUGGCAGUCGAAGAUAAAAAAGUAGGACAAUUAGAGGCUGAAGUUGCAAAUUUAAAACAAUCUCUUGCCCAGAAAGAUCAAACCAUAUCUCAAAAAAAUCAAGCCAUAGCCCAAAAAGAUCAAACCAUAGCCGAUUUAAAUACAAAAACUCCUACACUUAGUCAAUUUCAAGAAUUAAGUAACAUAGCUUUGAACUGUAAUGAACUUGAUUUUAAUAAAUUAAAACAAGAAAUUAAAAGACUUAAAUUGAAAGAUUUUAAUCCCUAUUUCCAAAAGCAAAAAAAUAACCUUGAACAAUUAACAUCUACCGCUAAAAAUAAAGCAGGUGAAAGCUUAAAUGGCAUUAUAGAUCUGUUUUUGCAAACUAACAAACAAAUUAUUGAAUCAGAAAACGCGGACAAUAAUUCUUAUUCUCAAGGGCAGCUACAGGGACAACUUGUUACCUGUAAAACUCUUUUGCAAACUAAGCUUACCACGGAAGAACUACAAAACUUGCUAAAUAAACAGAAAGAGUUUAAAGAGUUAGAAAAACACGCCGCUAUUUUGCAGUAG